AUGGCCCAUAAACAGAAAGCUGGGUGUAUUUCCGUGCUGAAGCGCGGUGUGGAAGCCGAGUUCGCAAAGCUCUUCCACGACGGCGACCUGGAAGCAGCCCGAACCGAGUUGAACGAGUCCGUUCGCGACCUCAUCGUCUGGGAGCGUAACACCGUCUGGCGAGAUAUGUUGCUCCAGGAGCGUCGGCUUCGAGACACGCACGCCAAGCGAAGCGGCACCCGCGACUCGCCGUUUCGGGCGUUUCGAGUGGUUCCAUUUCUCGUGGCGGUGGUGCUCUUUCUGGGCGUCCUCUUUGCACCGGCAUCGCAGUUUAUGUUUCUGCAGCGGGCGCUGGAAGAACGGGAAAAUCAGGGUCACCCGAUAUCGGCAGCUGCCGCAGCUGCACGGAACGCAGCCGCCCAACGCUGCCUCGCGCUGGUCACGUUCGCGUCGGUACUCUGGGCCACAGAGGCAGUGCCGCUAUUCGUCACCUCGUUGGCAAUGCCACUGCUUGCAGUCAUUCUACGCGUAUUCCUCGACGAGAAAGGUGAGCGGACACUCGGACCGACCGAGGCUGCUCACAAGUCCAUCACAUCCAUGAGCAGUCCCGUGCUCCUGCUCAUUCUUGGCGGUUACAGUAUUUCGGGAGCGCUCAGCAAGCAUGCCAUCGACAAGGCGGUAGCGAUUGCAGUUUUGCGCCAUGCGCGACGACCUCCAGAACUGCUGCUAUUACUGAUGCUUUUAGCGGUUUUCUUAUCGAUGCUGGUAUCGAAUGUGGCGGCACCGGUAUUGACGGUCGGUAUUGUGACACCACUGCUACGCAGCUUGCCACCAGGGACUCCCUUUAUCAAGUGUGCGCUGCUCGGUGUCGCCGCAGCUUGUAACGUAGGCGGCAUGACCUCGCCGAUCGCGUCUCCGCAGAAUGCGAUCGCGUUGGAUGCCCUGCGCGGUGCCGCGUCCAUCUCUUUUCGCCAAUGGGUAGCGAUAGCGCUGCCGCUUGCUCUGGUUACCGUAUUUGUGAUGCAUGCGUACUUAAUCGUUCGUUUUGGACGCGGCCCGAUGCAAGCGUUUCCACUGAUUCCUAUGCAUAGUCCGCUGAAAUGGAAGGAUACUGGGAUGGCGCACUUGGUUGUCAUUCUGACGGUUCUGGUCACUGUGGCGCUCUGGAGCAGCAAAACUGUUUCGGAUCGAUUCGGUGGGGACGGCAUUGUUGCCCUCGUACCUGUGGUGGUGUUCAUGGGCACUGGUCUUUUGAGCAAGGAGGAUUUCAAUGCGCUACCUUUUAAUGUUAUCUAUUUGGUGUCCGGCGGCGUCGUGAUGGGCGCUGCCGUUCGAUCCAGCCGCUUGCUGGAGCUCGUGGCCGCAUCCGUGCAUUCCGCAGUGGUUGGCGCCGGCCUCUACAAGACCUAUCUGACCUUUAUGCUGAUGACACUUCUUGUGGCGUGCAUUAUGAGCCACACGGUUUCCAGUAUCAUUCUGAGUCCCGUUUUAGCCGAGCUUGGCGCAGCGCUUGGUCAUCCACGGCUCAUGGUGCUGGGAGGUGCACUGGCGUGUUCCUGUGCAAUGGCACUGCCCGUGUCAAGCUUCCCGAACAUGGCCGUGAUCAGCGUCGAAGAUGAGCUCGGGAAUCCUUAUUUAAGUGCUCGCGAUUUCGUAUGGGUAGGCUUUCCUCUGACGUUGCUCGCGGGCGCAGCACUGGCGAGUCUCGGCUAUGUGCUUUCGUUUUACGCUGGCCUGUGA